AUGACAACAUGAGCUGCCCUUGGCCUUCAAGAUAGAGCCUCCCCUCUUAUAGAACAACUUACCUUCUUCCAUGAUCACGCACUAAUAAUUCUAGUAAUAAUCACAACAUUAGUUGGCUACUUAAUAUUUAUGCUAUUUUUCAACUCAUAUACAAACCGAAAUCUCCUCCACGGACAAACCAUUGAAAUAAUUUGAACAAUCCUCCCAGCUAUUGUACUCCUAUUUAUUGCUCUUCCAUCUCUUCGACUACUUUAUUUAUUAGAUGAAAUUAAUGAACCUUCAGUAACUCUUAAAGCCAUCGGACAUCAAUGAUAUUGAAGCUAUGAAUACUCAGAUUUUUUAAACGUUGAAUUUGACUCUUAUAUAAUUCCAACCAACGAAUUAUCCGCAGAUGGAUUCCGUCUAUUAGAUGUUGACAACCGAGUAAUUCUACCUAUAAACUCACAAAUUCGAAUUUUAGUGACAGCUGCAGAUGUUAUUCAUUCUUGAACAGUCCCUGCUCUAGGCGUAAAAGUAGAUGGAACACCAGGACGAUUAAACCAAACAAACUUCCUAAUAAACCGACCUGGUUUAUUUUACGGCCAAUGUUCAGAAAUUUGCGGAGCUAAUCACAGAUUUAUACCUAUUGUAAUCGAAAGACUCCCUGUUAAUCAUUUCAUUAAAUGAGUAACUAGUAGAGCUAACUCAUAA